CGAGGCAUGCCUGCUAUUGCGCUCUUUGCAUCCAAAUCCCGGUACGUAGAUGUGUUUUGUCUCGCGCGAAGGAAGAAACGUGAGGCAUAUCGAAGAUCAGAGUUCGCUCCACAGAUGCUGGCGCAGCAUGGAAUUAACGCUAUCAUGAAGAUGACGGUCGCACGAGAGCGCCAUCAGGAUUGGAGUACGAUGUAGACAUGGUCUUCGCGAUGCAAAACCGGGCUGGAGGGCAUGCACAAUUUCUACAGAGAGGAGGCGGU